GGCCGGAAGUAGGUUGUGCGCGAGCAGUGAAGCUCGUUAGUGACAGUUGGUGGUGGGCCUGGCGGAGUUUAGAGUGCGAUUUUAAAUAUUUCAUUCGAGAAAGACUUUACAUUUGUAGGACUCGGAAAAGAGGGUCCGAGUGGAAGUGGAAGUGGAAGUGGAAGUGGAAGUGGAUGUUGAUGUUGAUAUUGAUAUCCCGCUUCUAAGAUGCAUUGACGGAAAUGGAAGAGUUUGUGUCGGAGUUUGGGGAACUGAACAGUGCUGAUGUUCAGUGGCUCCAGAAUUUGUACAGAUUUACAGAAGAGAACAUCCUUCCUGUGGCUGUAGGUUGUGAAAUUACUUGUAAGGAGUUGAGCAGCUGUCUGUUUCAAUGCUUAUGCAGAAUUUGUCACAAUCACAGUAAUACUUGUGGCUAUCAAGGAAAAGAUGGACUUAUUCUACCUUUAAGCUAUAGAUUUAUAUCCAUUGAGGAACUUCGUUCUCAGCAGAAAACCCCUUGCUGUAGCCAAUUAACAUGGAGCACCAGUCAGUUCAAGCAGUGGACUACGCAUAAAGGGAAUUUACUGAUCAGUCAGAAGGCACUUAGUCGGACAAACUUGCUGCUAUGUGGUCUCCUGACAGAUAAGACCUCAAUUAUUCUAAGCUCUUCAGAGAGCCAAGAACAACAGAAUGGUGGUAUCUUGUACUUGCAGGAUAAGAGUGGAUUCAUACCUUGUGAGAUUAUCAAAUUAGAUGCCCGGUGGUUGGGGCAUUUAGUAAUGCUUCCAAGCUGGAGUUAUAUUCCACUGACUGACGCAGUUUGGAGACUCGGAGGGACCGAAGCUGGCUAUAUUGAAGUUAUCGAAGCACCAUUUCUUGUGUUUCCAAAACUGUUAGUUGGAAGCCUUUUGGUACCAAACGCACUAAAUGUUUUACUACCAGAUUCAGCAAUUCAUCUUCUGGACAAAGGGUUUUAUUGCCAUAAAGUGAAGAUGAACAUAGCUGGAGAACUUGGCCGUCUGAGUUCACUUAUAAGUAUCCGAGGGAAAACCUUUUUCUCCUUCUUCCUUAAUUCCUUUGAAACUGAUGCUUCCCUUCCAGUUUUAGUUAAGGUUCCUGCCAAACUAAUCUGGCAUCGCUGCUUAGAAGUUUCAAAGCAAUAUGUAAUAACGAAGGUCUUCAUUACCAAUCUGCAGGGUACCAGUUAUAAGGUGUUUGUAGUGUCAUUGUCUUCUGACUUCUACAUUUAUGUUGAGGGGUCUGUGAAAAAGCAAACUUUGGCAGAAUUUAUGAGUGUUUUACAUAUGAAGCAGACUUCUAAAAGUGAGCUAACAUCACUUGUUUGUAAAGAAGAAUCUCUUCAGAAUAGGUCUUCUAUUGACUGGUCGACACAAAACACCAUAGAAGAAAUGUUUGAGAGCAGACAGUCCAGAAUAUGUUCUUAUCAUGGUAUGAUAAGUAAGGUAUUAAACAUUGCAGCAGGCCUUUAUGAGCUGGACGGUAAAUUUGGUCUUUGUGUGGCUUAUCAACAAGUAGUGAAUUAUGGACGUGGUUUGCGCCCUGGAGCACAAGUGAAGAUCCAUGAUGCUCAUGUGCACCAGAAGGCAUCUGACCAUUUUCCACACAUCAUACUUUGCUGCUGCCUGAGGAGUACUUUGGUGAUCACAGAAUUUUCUGGGCUUAGUACAGAAUUUCAGCCCUUCUCUUCCAGUGGCAAUGUUUACAUCAGUUUGUUGUUCAAGUAUAAUCUGGAUCUGCCCAAUUAUUUGUGGGUGGUUCAUAUUAUAGAAACAUUUACACAAAGAUUUUGCCCUCAGUUCCUUACAAAGCAGCACAUCCUAAUGUGUGAUAUUGAUUCUGGAAUCAUUGGAAUGUUUUUCAACUCUGUUCUGAAAUAUACCAGGUGGAAUAAAUCAGUGAGAAACAUCCACCAGGAGAUAUUGGCUGAGUCACAUCAUUGUCCUCUUAAAGAAAUCACACAACCAAGUUAUCCGUGUCAGAAUAUAUCAUUAUCAGAAUUGCUAUCUCUUGCUGAAGAAAGAGCCUGGCAAUCUCUUCACUUGCCCUCUUUGUUGCCACAUGCCGACAUCAAAUACUUGCUAGCUCAGCAGCUUAACAGUAAGCUUGCUUGGUCAUUUGCAGUUUUAAAACCCGAAGAUUUCCAACCUCAAAUGAUACUGCAUGGUGUCUUCCAGGCAAAUUCUAGAACAGGUCAUUUGCAGCUUCUAGACACAUCGGGUACACUGGACUGUGUUGUACAGAACCUUAAUGAAGUGAACCAAAUUGCUUUUAGUGAUACCUCAUAUUUGGACUGUUUGGUCCAGCUGCGGAAAUACCAACUGGUUAUAGAACGAUUCAUUCACAGUGAGUUCCCAUCAUUUAAACAACUUGAUGAUCUUGCGUUUAUCAAAGAGAAACACACCAGGAUCUAUGUCCAGUUCUGUGCGGCUGACUUGCAAGUACUCAAGAGACGUGCUGCUUCGACAAGACCAAAACUGCUCAGCCCUGCGCUGUCUAGCACCUUGUCGACUAGUGCAAGAACUGCUGCUCGCAGCAGCUGCAAUGAGGCAUGCAGAAACGAUGAGCUCAACAGCAUCACAUCCAAUCAGCACCAGGAUAGCCCUUCCCUUCCCAAAAUGCCUCGGCUGAAGGAAGUUGUGCUGCAAGAAGGCCAUGUUGGUGAAAGUAGAACUGUUUGUUCACACCCAUUAUGGACUGGCGACGAAGCGGUGGGCAUCCCGGGCGGGAGAAAGCAGCUACCGGGCACAGGUACACCCCCUGGACAUUCGACAGCAUGCACCAGACAGAGAAAGGAAGGAACGUGCAGCGUAGGCUGUGUUACCCAGCUAAUAUUAGUAACUCACAAAGAUGCUUUGAUGCUGAGGAACUGUCAAUAUGGCAGAAACGAAGGCUGUGAGCAUAUUAAUGGCUCUGAAGAGGCUUUCAUCAAGAGAGCUAAGCCGAGGCUGCGACUGGCUUUUCAGGCGUCUGCGGUCAAUAUCGGAAGCCCCAGAGAGUGGAAAGAUGAAUCAAAAAUCGAGGGAUUGCCAGAGCUGGAAACAGACCCCUCUCUUUGUUCUGAACACAACAAUCGUACAGAAGUGCUGUUGGAUUUCAUGGGAAAAUCUGUGAAGUGGUACCAUCUAAUAAACCCAGGUGGAGUAUACAGAUUGAUUGCAUCAAAACAGCUGGGCGUGUCUGUUUUUGAACAACGUAGCUCUAGCACCAUUCCACGAAAGACUCUGCAAAGUUUGAAUUGUCCGCUCUUCAUUACUUUUCAGUCUGGCUGGAACUUGCAGUAUAUUUCCACAUUGUCUUCUUUACACCAAUCCCAGCUUUCCAAAAAUCGAAUAAACCUGUCUGCUUAUUUUGAAAACUUGGCCUCAAAAAUAACUCGCCUUUGCACUAUUCAAGAGGUACUCUCUCUCACUUUCUCAGCACCGCUUGUCUCUUUCACUGGAAUCAUAUUGGAAAGGAUCUGCAUUAACCCCAAUAGAAGAACUAACUUUGCAGCUGUUAUAACUGACAAAAACGCACAAGGUGUUUCGGUUCCUGGUGACUGGGGCCUGAAGUUAACUGUUGGUGAUGUUCAAAAUACUGCCGUAGCUCUGGACAUCUACGUAAAUUUCACAAUGCUGUCUUACACCCUUGGAAUUUUACCAGGAACUGUGGUGCUGUUUUGUAGUUUGGAGAGGACAACAUCCAGGUUAGUAUUCUGUAAGAGUGAGCCCUUCUGCCUCCCCCACCCCCCCAACACACACACACACACAACAGUUGUAUAAUGACUGGUCUGUACCUUAACUGCAAUUAUUUGCAUUAGUACAUUUCCCUUGAAGGCAUAUGACAGAAAAAGCAA